AUGCUGGCCGAAUGGCCCCUCUUGAAGGGACAAGAAGAGCUCAAUAAGCUUCAUGAUCCGCUCCGAGUCAGCAAGUCGUGGAGGAGGCGUCGUUUCGCAAGAACCCAGCGAACGACUGGCAGACAUGUGCGGAAGAUCCACAGCUUAAAAGACCCCUCGGCUAAUGUGACCCAUCCCGCUGAGACCAGACCGGGCUGGACCCUCCGCACACCCACUCAGCUCACUUCCGCCCAGAGUUCCAACAACCGUGGCGGCAAGAGCUCGCCUCAGAGACCUACCUUUAUGCAGACAUCGAGGCACCCAUGCAGCUCGCUGUAG